UUCCCUCUGCCUCCAAAUGACCACUGUGAUUACUCAGAAGGCAGAGAGAUAUACAAAGCUCUGAACAUUUCACUUUCCAAGCUGGUCCAAUGGCGGCGUCCGCUGGGUCUCAGAGGAAAAUAAAAUUAAGCUAUUUAAGUCGUUUUGCACCUUCCCCAUCUUUAGCCGAACUUCUGAUGAAGGAGAAAAGAUUUGUUUUGGACAGUGUGGCAACUGAAAGUAUUGCAAAGGACUACAGCUUCUCCUUACCAAAGCUUGGCUCUGUUAUCCCACCAUACAAUGCCCAGAAGGACCCUCAUGUUACCGGAUAUUUCCGGAACAGACCUGUGCCACCUCUGCUGAAGAGGACAGGACAGUCAAAUGGAGGAACGUCAAUCCAUGGUGAACUAGCUGACCGUUUCCAGUAUAAAGGUGCAGCCGCUCUUUACUUACUAACCAGGAAUAACUGUGGAGCAGGUCAUUCUGCAGAACACAUCAGCGGCCACGGCAUGUUCUUAUCUUCUAUCAAACCUGUCAUUGGCUACAAUGGACUGUACGGGUACAGAAGGAACACCCCAUGUCUCAGGAGAAUGCCCUCCCCAUUUGGAAUUGUGACCCAGUCAGCAAUUUACUAAAAAAAUAAAUAAUGAUUUGUGUUUCCCGAAAUAUACAAGCAGCUAUUUGCCAACUCAA